AUGAUACCAUUUGUUGAGCGUAUAGUCGCUGUCCUACACCUGACCAAAGUGUUUGUCGGACCCAAAAGACCGGAGCGUUUGACGCGAAGCCAAUUCUUGUAUUCGUCGACCGAAACAACAGUGCAUUCAUUAGCGAUGGAAACGACUGGAAGUGAGGCGAGUGUCCGCUUAUAUCUGAGUAGUGAUCAUGCCGCAGAGGAAGAGAUGUUGCCAUUGGAGACCCUCUAUGAGAAUGAGGUCGGUUUGAAUGGUACGGAUCUGUUGAGACUUAGUAAAGACGGCUAUAGAAAGCGCCAGCAAUUGAGGGACACAUUCAACAUACUGUAUAAUAAUUCGGUUCCGAAGAAAAAAGCCGCCCCGGCGGCCAAGAGCUCAUCCACUCAAUCCAAUCAAUCGACUCAAUCAAAUCAAUCCCUUCAAUCCAAACCUCAACCCAAAACCCCAACACAAGCGACAGCUAAACCCCCACCAAAAGAGGCGCCAAAAGAGAUACCGAAAGAGGGUUUACUUCUUGGUUUGGGUAAUCCAUUGCUGGAUAUACUGGCGAACGCUAAGCCAGAGUUCCUCAAGAAGUACGGCCUUUGGCCGAACGACCAGAUCAUGGCCGGUGAAAAACAUCAGGGUUUGGUUCCCGAACUCCUCAAAGAGUAUAAAGUGGAAUAUUCCGCGGGAGGAAGCGUUCAGAACAGUAUGCGUUGCGUUCAGUGGUUCUUCGGCCAAAACCCAAAUAUCACCACUUAUUUCGGUUGCGUUGGCGAUGAUGUCUAUGGAAAGAAAAUGGAGGCCAAAGCGAAAGGCGAUGGCGUGAAUGUGGUGUAUAUGGUGGACAAGGAUGAGACCACCGGUGUUUGCGCCUGUCUUAUAACCAAUAACGGGAAGAACCGAUCGCUUUGCGCUUUUCUCGGCGCGAGUAUUAAGUUUAAUGUGAAACACAUCGCCGACAACACCACACACUUAGACAAAGCCAAGUAUUUUCUCACUUCUGGCUAUCAUUUGGCGGUGAGUGUGGAGUCGGCCCUCAAUUUGGCCCAACACUGCCAGAAGAAUGAGGGGAAAGUGUUUGCGUUCGCGCUGUCGGCCGCCUAUAUCUGCACCAAAUUCUCCAAAGAGUUGCUCCAAAUCUAUCCAUACAUUGACUAUAUGUUCGCGAGUGAAACGGAGGGCCGAGAGUUCUCGCAAAUGAUGGGUUGGGAGGCGUCCGAACUCAAAGACAUCGCCAUCAAAAUGGCUCAACACGAGAGUCAGAACCGCAAAACGGGUCGCAAAGUGAUUCUCACUCAGGGAAAGGGGAAUGUAGUGCUCGCAGACGCUAAGGAGACCGGCAUUAAAGAGUUUCCGGUCACUCCUAUACCAGAAAAAAAUAUCGUCGACACCAACGGCGCCAGCGACGCAUUCGUGGGCGGAUUCUUAGCCCAACUGAUCCGCGGCCAACCCAUCGAUGUCUGCAUCAAGAGUGGUAACUACGCGGCCAGUGAGGUGAUCCAGAUGUCGGGCUGCAAUUUCCCCAAACAAAACAAAUUCCGCAUUUAAUACCAG